AGUGACCCCUGUGCAUCGCCGGGUGUGACCCAAAAAGCAAAAAAAAACAAAACAAAAACAAAAAAGAAAACCUGAGCUUUUCUUUCUAAGAGGGGAGGCCACACGCAGUGGUGCUGGGGACGGGGCCUCAAUCUCCGUGCUCCCACGUGCAAAGCAAGUGCUCCAGCCUCAGCACCAUCUCCCCUGCUGGCUCCCAGGGAUUUGUAGGAGCAACUGCAAAGAUGGAAUCAAGCUGGGAGGGGGGUGGGAACGUGGUCCAGGGGCUGGAGCAGGGGGACCUUGUCAGUGGGCCUCCUCCUUAGCCGCCCCAUCUGUGCCAAGGCCUGAGGGCGCAGUCUGCAUCACCACAAGCCUUGGUCCCCACCCAAUUAACCAAGGUGGAGAAGUGGGAGGUAAGGUUUGGAAGGAGGACGCCACAGGAGAGCGAGUGAGCAUAGACGAACGAAAAUGAACACUGAAUCCCCUGACGCCUUCUCUCUCCCAGGCUGUGCCCUAAAAGGCUGGUCCCACUAAGGCAUCAAAGGCCCGCGCAGCCACGCCCCCUUCUGAAAAGGAGCUGCGGUUCCUUUAAUGGGCCCGCCCCGCCCCGUCCCCGCUAAGCCCCGCCCCCAAGUCACGUGGGCUUCGGCGCCGCGCUUAGGGGCGGGGCUCAGGGUCUUUUGAAAGUCCGGCGCGUACCCCGGGAGAAACGGUCUGACCCGCGACUGCGAUGUCGGUGCUGCGGCCGCUGGACAAGCUGCCCACCCUGAACACGGCCACCAUCUUGGUAGGGCCAGCACCCCGUUUCCGCGGCCGCCUGACCUCUUCUGCUGCCCCGCAGCCGCCCGCUGCCCUCUCCGAGGGGCCCUGGGGCUCGCUCUUCCGGCAGGGUGGGUUGUGGUAGGCGGGAGAGCCACGCUCAGCUGAGCCAAUCGGUGCAGCCGCUCUGUGAGACGGAAGGACGCCUUCACCAAUAGCUGCGCGACGGGCUCUUUCUGAUUGGCUGGGCCCGAAGAGGCGCGCGGACCUCUUGAGUUCGGCGCUCUGAUGGGUUUCGGGGGCUCGGCUGCACGGACCCCCGCAUCCCAGAAAGCUCAGGCUUCCCUGGAGAGGGAUGGGGUGGGGGGAGGUGUUGUGCAAACGGGACCCGAACCUGGAGCGCGUGGUUCCCAGCCGGCUGCUUUCUGUCCAAGCAGCUGGUGAGCACGGAGGACGCGCUUCUGCAGCAGCUGGCCGACGCGAUUCUCCAGCAGGACUGCGCCUCCGAGCUGAAGAUGUGAGUGGCGGGGACGCGGGCUCCUCAUCACUCACUCCUUGGUGGCCGAAGCCCCGACGUGGGUCCUGUCCCUCCGAAUCUUCUCCCGAAACCCCGCUUCAGGAUCAGGGCUCAGCUCCGGCCCUCUUCUCAUUCUCACUGGUCAGCGCCCCAUCCUAGGUGUGCCCCGUCCCUCUCGGCCGCGGUCGUCAUCCCCCUAGUGCUCCAGGAGAAAGUUUCUUGUUCACUGGGCUCUGUGCUCAUCCCUGCCCCUGCCAUCUCCAAGGACCCCAAAAUCAGCCCCUUCAGGACCAGUCCUCUGACUUCUGAUCAUUGGUGAUGCUCUGAGAGUGGACUUUUUAAUAGCCCCCACAUGGACGGGGGAAGAGCACAUGCCCAGCGGCGUGAGACUGACCCCAUCCACCAGCCAGUCCUAGCUGGCCAGCCCUGGGACAUCGGAUCCCCAGUUCCCUCCUGCCUGGAGGAAAGAGUCAGGAGUAUUUGGAGGGUGGGGGCACCCUACAAUCCUUGCACCCCAUCAGCCGGCCACUGGCCUCUGCCCUAUGUUAGGUGCCCUCUGGGGUGGGCGCAUGUUGUCUUUAUUCCUGCCAUUUUCUGCCCUUUCAGCCACUUGGCAAACUCUCUCCCACUGCCCUCCAAUGUCAGCCGGCCUCGGAUUGACCUGAUUGUGUUUUUGAUCAACCUUCACAACAAGUUCAGCCUGCACAGCGUGGAGGGCUCCCUGCAGCACGUGGACGCCACCUUCUUCCUGGGGAAGGUUCUCUUCCUGGUCACCGGCGCCAGCCGGGAGGACCGCUGCAGCACGCACCGGAGCACGGUGGAGAAGCUGGCUCGCACCUACCGGAGCCCCCUGCUCUUCUGCGAGGUGGAGACGGAACCCCUCCGCGGCGCACUGGCCCUGCGUCUGCUCCGCCUGCUGCUCAUCUGUGCCGGCCACGUGCCCGGCGUCUCGGCGCUGGACCUGCUGGCCCUGCUGAGGCGGCCAGAGAGCCCUGCGCUGGACGAGCUGUGAGGUGCCCAGCAGCCGCCCCCUCAGGGGGGUCCCAGCAGCCCCCACCAACGGCCUCGUGUCCCCAUCUGGCAAGUUGGUUCUUUCCCACGGACCAAAGAGUCAGGGAGUCCCGGUUCCCACCUGCCACUGAGGUUUGCCGACGAGGG